CGCAGUUGCAAAUGGAGAUCCAAGUUCUCACAGAUGUUGCACCGUAUAUGUAGUGCGGUCCAUUCACUGCUGAUUGUGCGGGGCUAAAAGAGCCUGUCAAGGCGAUGCUGGUGUGGGUGCCUGCUUGGACUGAGCUUUUCUAAUUGCAUCCAGAGCAUAAAAAGGGCCAGGUCUUCUUCAUCCAUUUGUCCCGUUCUUUCCGUCCCCCAACAAAUCCCGCCGUCCCAUUUAACACCAUCCAAUCGUAGCAUCUUUCAGCCAACUUCCAAGCAUCACCAGACGACAAUGGCUUUCUCGGUCUAUGUGUUACUCUGCUUAGCCGCCACGCUCGCCAUCAUCCAAGCGCAAUUAUUGCCAUCGUCGAUCUUAUGUGCGCCUGCUUCAGGCCCUCUGAUCACCAGAGACGACUGCAAAAAGGCCUUAUCCAAAUUCUCCUCUGAGAGCAACGUCGUUUUCUGGACUGACAAGGUUGAUUCCCAUUCUUGUGGAACAUGCAAGUUGGCCAUCACUAAACCGAGCAUACCCAACUCAGUACACCACGCUGCUGUCCGUGGAGACGCGUUGACCGCCAUGCAUCAAGGCAUCGACAAAUGUCAGGGCAAACCAACCAAUGCGACCAUCGGCAACUUCCAACCCAUCUCCGUGUUGUUAGACAGUGGCAAUGGCGAGAAAUGUUAGAUUGUUUCGAAAACUUGCUUCACAGAAGGGCCCACGACAUCCAUGACUCGAACUUCCAUCAUGCAUCUUAAUCAAUAGACAUUCUAAAUUUUGUACUCUCUAAUUUGAGAGCUUUUAUCAGACAAAGAAAAUAUUACCAACCACCAUUGUGAUUGCAAAAACCCAUGCACUGAGAAACAAGCCAACAUCUUGAACAGGUC